CAACCUCAGAGGAUGCUUGCCAUAGAUAUGGGUGAAACAUCAGGAGAGAAUGCUUCUGAAACAUGGCCAUAUAGCCCGGAAAACUCACAGCAACCCAGUGAAAGUGUAGGAAUUACCUCUGUAUUCUUUACUUCCAAUUAAGGUAGGCAAAAGUUGUCCCAAUGUAGCAUUGUUCUUGUGGGGUAAUUUAUUUAGGGAGGAGAUGCGAUGUCAGUCGUACCACCCUUUACUUUGCCAUCUCCCCUGUUUUUUCUGCCUUAAGAACUUGCACAAUAGUGCAACAGCCUUGGCUAUUAUCCGCCUUUUUAAAAAAAACAGCACUCUGAAAAUAGGACAAAACACAUCUUCUGAAGAGCCGGAGGGGUGGCAGAAGGGGAUGUAUGUAAGAGGGGAUUUCAUAUGCAAGCAUGUUUCAUGAGUAGUUAUAUUGUGCCAUUUUUUGCCUUUAAAGCAAUGUGAUGGGUCUCUUUAUGCUCUCCAUUGAACUCCCUUGUGUGGGAGUGUGUGUCUGCAGAAUGACUGUAAGGCAUGUUUCAUUCCUUGUUCCCGAUUAAUUGUGUGUAUGUUUUUUUUUCCUCUUCUUUCUUUUGCCAUCACUCCCUCAGGGCUCUGGAUUGAAGUGGAAGUCUCUCAGCCAGUCGCCUGAGCAGCACAGACGUUAGGGAGGAGGGGAUUGGUGUGAUCACAACUUCCUGACCUCAGAAGGGAAAAUGGUGAAGAUUCCUGUCUCCUCUGUGAAGGAAAUGAAGCAAGAAUUACAAAAGCUACAGAUUUCUCGCUUUUGGCCUCCAGUGUCUGUCUCACCACAGCAAGUUCAUUGUACAUAAACAGCAACCAUGUUUAGGAUAAAGGGAAUUUGUUACAACUGGGAGUGAGUUACUAAUUCUGCACAGAGAAUUCUCUGUUGGGAGUUAGGAUAAAAUAGUAAUAAUAAUAACACUUUAUGUAUAACCCACCCUUCCUCCAUAGGGAUUCAGAAUAACAAAAGUGGCAAACAUUCAAUGCCAAAAUAGCUGAGGGCAGGCCUUCCUAAACUACCACCAGCAUCUGUACAUAAAGGGGUGCCCAGUCACAGAGUCUGAUCCUUGUCUAGCUCAUUGUUGUUCAGCACCCCAGAUUUAUAUGCAGAUGUUGUUCUUGUAGUUAACAGAAGAUGCAAGAGCUUGAAAACUUCCUUUUUAAAACCUGUCCUAUGUUUUCUGCCAAUUACUAGAGAUUGUAUCAUUUGUGAUAUUUGACUAAUAUAAUUCCAUCGUUUUUCUAAAGCUGUCUUAUUCUAUAAAUGUUAGACUUGUGUGUAUGCAUAAAUAAAUGUAUAUAAUUAAACAAGCACUAUCAAGUUGUGAUAUGUGGGUGCUAUAAUUUAAAUAGGAGGUGGAUGUUAAUAACUCAGUGCAAACACAACUCCUGUAGGUAAAGGUGAAGGUUUUUAAGCCGAAGAGCCGCCAUUGUCCGUAGACAUCUCCAAGGUCAUGUGGCUGGCAUGACUGCAUGGAGCACCAGUAUCUUCCCACCGGAGCGGGAAGAUCUACUCAUUGAUCUACUCAAAUUUGUGUGUUUUUGAAUGGUUAUGUUGGCAGAAACUGGGAUUAACAGCAGGAGCUCACUCCGCUCCCCGGAUUCGAACCACUGACCUUUUGUUCAGCAAGUUCUGCAGCUCAGUGGUUUAAUCCGCUGUGCCACUGGGUACCUGAGUACUGUACAAUUCUUCAUUGGUAUAUUAUUUUUUAGCUAAACGACCUUCCCUGUAAACAGUAGUGAACCUUGAAUCCUGAAAAUAACUGCACAACCUUGGACUGAAGGACUCUGCUAUCUUUAUUUGAUACUAGUUUUUAACAACAUUUGAUUUUCAAGUGCAUGAAUAAAUACUUAUUUUGGCAUUCUUUUGCAUGAGAAAUUCAUGGAGCAGGAAAGCCAAGGUCUGAGGGAAAUUGCCUCUCAUGCAGAGCACUAAAAGGAGCCCCACCCAGGAAAGUUCAUAUGGCUCAGCUCUUCAGUAUUAACCCAGUGCUAUCCACCCAGACUCUAUAAAGUUGCAAAUGUUGCAAAUGCUAAAACUGCCAUGAGAUUUAAAUAUUAUUGAAGGAAGAAUGAUCAGUUGCUGGAAAGUGAUCACCCUCGAGAAGGAAGAGGCACAAGCCUUUGGCUUUGAGAUUCAGACAUAUGGGUUACACCACCAGGACACAAAACGUGUGGAAAUGUUCACCUUCGUAUGCCGAGUGCAUGACGAUAGCCCAGCGCAGGUAGCUGGCCUUAAACCUGGCGAUACCAUCACUGCUGUGAAUGGGCUCAAUGUGGAAGGGAUCCGCCACCGUGAGAUUGUGGAAAUCAUCAAGGCAUCUGGAAAUGUACUGAGGUUAGAGACUUUGUAUGGCACAUCAAUCCGGAGGGCAGAACUGGAGGCCCGUUUGCAGUACCUCAAGCAAACACUUUACGAAAAAUGGGGCGAAUAUCGGUCAUUGAUGGUCCAAGAGCAGCGUCUGGUCCAUGGGAUUGUAGUGAAAGACCCCAGUGUGUAUGAUACCCUGGAGUCUGUGCGUUCCUGCCUGUAUGGCACUGCCUUGGCAAGAGGCUCCACGCCUUUGAGGAUGCUGUUGCCAGGAGCAAGCAGCACGUAUAGCAGUGUGGGCUGCGUCAGCACGGCCACCGAUGACAGCGAGGACUCUCUUUACCAGACCUGUUUUUUCGACUCUGCUGAUUCCCUGGACGCUGUCCCUACGGCUGCCCAGUCAUCGCGCCCCAGGACAACACUCACCCGCAGCGCCAGUGUCAAGUGCAGCAGCAGCAGUAGCAGCAAUGGAGCUGCCCGCUUCUGGGACAAGUCUUGCGAACAGAAGAAUUCCUUGGCAACACCAAGGCCCAGGAAGAGUAAGCAUGGAAGCUUCCGCAAGAGACUGCUCAAGUUUAUCCCUGGAUUAAAUCGUUCUCUAGAAGAAGAAGAGAGCCAGUUGUAAAAGGACGUGCAGAACUGGGGCUUAGUGUGGUCCUGGGAGACCCUGCCUUCCAGUGUGGCUAUUUAUUUAUUUAUUUCACCAGCAAGAAGAUUUGAGCUUAAAAGUGCUUAAAAGGACAAUAGUUUCCAAGGAAGAUCUGAAUAUGGUGGUCAAUCUAUGCUUAAUGGUUCUUGUUCUUUGCCUCUCUUUGUUUUACAUUUCAGCUCCCAGAAUCUCUAGCCCAGUGGUUCUCAACUUCUCAACACAUGUGUCCCCAGAUGUUUUGGCCUCCAACAGCUGGUAAACUAGCUGGGAUUUCUGGGAGUUGUAGGCCAAAACACCUGGGGACCCACAGGUUGAGAACCACUGAUCUAGUUGUUGGCCAUGUUGGCUGAGGCUUCCGGGAAUUGAAGUUGAAAACAUCUGGAAUGCCAAAGGGUCAAGACCACUGCUUUACAAGAUACAGAUUGUGCUGAAUUGCUCUGGCCUUGCCAUUGUUUGGGCAGCUACACUUUUCAGGAAAGUAGCUCAUGGGGAGCUACAGUUUUGGGACUGUUUUCAAGGAAACAGUGGGGGGGGGGGGGGAGGCCUCAGGGGGAAUGUAGCACAUUGUAAGACCAAAGAAACACAAGGGAGCUGGCUUUCUUCAUUUCUGGGAGAACAGAAUUCUUUGCUGGAAACAGAGUAAACCAGACAUGGGCAAACUUCCACCCUCCAGGCAUUUUGGACUCACACAAUUCCUAACAGCCAGUAGAGAGUUAGGAAUUGUGGGAGUUGAAGUCCAAAACACCUGGAGGGCUGAAGUUUGCCCAUGUCUGGAGUAAACCAAUCUAUUAAUGCUACCAAGGUCGUUCCUUGCAUAGGGGAGGAGGGGAGGAUUUCUGGAAAGGGGUGGAACUAGGAAGUUGAAAAUGUCUAGCUGUAAAAUAGCAGGAAAUAAGGAAAAAAACUUCCAGCGAUCUUGGGUGGUCUGGGACUGUAAAUUGUAGACUUCGUUUUGGGACUUUAAAUGGGCAUUAGCAGAAUUGACAUGUUGACCAGGGGCUUGAAAUAGCAUAUGGGGUUUAGAAGUUGGAGUUAAUUUAAGAAGUAGGAUGGGAAAGCCCAAUCCUGUGAUAAAAAUGGGUUUGGAGGAAGGGGUUUCAGAACUACGGAGCAGUUCAGGAUGUCUUGGCAGUGAAAAGUGCUGAACACAACCACAUCCCUGUCUCUGUCCAUGGACAGCCUUUUCCUUUCCAGUCCAUAGGUCUUUUGCCUCUAAACCAUAAUCAAGAAAUGGAACUAUUAAUCCAAUGGAUAUCUCUUGCCACGUAAACCAAGCUUUUGUGGCAGCAAGCAUUGUGUCACUUAUUGAAAUGACCUUCUAGUAUCAAAAUCUAGCUGCAACAUAUGGGAAUCCUCCACCCCCGGUUUAUGCGACUGUGGUUUCUGAGCUGCCUAUCUCCAUCUGUAAUCGGUUCAGAGGAGCGCUAUUCACGAGCCACAUCCUGCCUGUCUCGUCACCUCCAGGGGCUUGAUUCCAGUUGCCCACAGCCUCCUUCCAGCACUUAAAAGAGUCCAGAUGCUCUUAAACUGCUUAAAAUCUGUUUACAGGGCGAAUUUCAAAGGAGUGUGGCCAAAAGAGGAGAGCUGUUUUUGUACUGCACGUCUCCUACCGCCUUCACACACAACAUUACUUGGAAGACUUUCUGGCCUCAGGAAGGGAGAACAUCUACCUCAUGGUUUGAACCGAGCUCAUUUUGAAUUAACCGUGAAGAAGUUUCAGAAGAAACUUGUGAAUUUUGGUUCCUUAGAAGAAAAAUGACAGAGGCCAUCAAAUUAAGUGUAUAACAUGGACAUUCUGGGUUCCAGACCCAAAAUCCUAUAUUUAGAGCUGCUUUUGUCAAACAAUCAGAGCCCAAAGAUGCUACUUUUUUGUUACUCCAGCUCCCAGCCCUCCCCAGCCAGCAGGCUGCUUGGGGAAUUCAAGUUGUGGCCCAAAAAGAAACUUUUCUGAGUUUUGCCUGUAGUUUUAGUUAACAGUGCUGAGCUUCUAAACAUUAAUCAAGUCAGUAGGAGAAGGUAUGAGCCUGCAAUGACUUCCUAAAUGAAAGACCUUGUAGAUAAUAGGGCCUCAAACAGAGAUGGCUAACUUCUGGCUCACCAUACUUUGCUAGACUACAGUUCCCACAUUGUCUGAAAGUUAAGGCCAAAACACAUGGAAGGACAGAGGCUGACUAGGAGAAAAUGAAAGGAGUCUUGGUUAUAAAUGUAAUGCAGUUGGGAGGUAGAAUGGUCCUUGGUUUUGUUUUUAAGUGCUUUGCCAACCUCUCUUUGGGGAAGGCUGUGGGUUAGAGCAACCAAAAGGGAGUUUUCUCUCUUCUUCUUUUUUUGCAAUUGUAGUUGAACCUUAUCUCAGGAAAUAGCUGCAGGAAGGGGAGGAGGGAGUUGACACAACACAGAAAAAAGGGCUAAAUGUACACAUGGACUGUUGUGUCUGAAAAAGAGGUAAUCACACCCCAUAACUGAAAGCAAAGCAAUGCCGGGGUGAGAAGAUGCUUGGCUGGUAUCACUUACAUUUGCAUAAAAGUGUGACCAAGGGAGAAGCAAGGCUGUUUUUUUGUACACACACAUGUGCAUCAAUGUUUCAGAUGUUAACUUUUAGAUAAAUAUACUAAGACUUUUUGCAUUCA